AUGGCGGCAUUCAUGCGGAGAUUCAGACGAAAGCGAAAGGUGUCAUCGGAGAUGCAUAAUAGAUGGGGGGAUCUCUCAAUCAGCAGUCCCAACGAGGGCUCCUGGUGCGAUCAACCAUCUAUCACUGUCACACCAGAUGUGUCGCCAGAGCCACGAUGGAGAAACAGCUCCUUGAGCUCACUCGACCGGCAAAAUGCCUCCCCUCGGGCUGGGGAUAUGCUACGGCCCAAAACUGCAGGCGAACGAACUGUCUCAAUAGACUCCGCGAUGUCGAUGCCUGUAGGCCAUUAUGAUGCCAAUGUACAGCGCCGGUUCAAGAGGAAGCAGAAACAACCAGGCCAGGGUCUUGGGAUAAGCGACCACAAAGACGGAGGUAGUUGGGGGAAUAGUACUCUGGAUGAAAGCUCCGAUGAUGAAGCAGAAGAUACAAGUUCCAUACCGGCUGCUUCUGGCUCUCUCAAAGGGCGACGCUCAGAGAGCAUUCGAGAUACAAGAUUAGACGAAGCAGACUAUACCCACCGCGCAUCCAAGUCACCUCCUUUGUCAGUCACGUCACGCAUGCGGCAUAGCCUACAGAGUAACACGACGGCUACAACAACUUUGACUGAGCCGUCUGUAUCUAUGCCUGGCACAGCGAGCUCGAAACAUACCAGCUUCACUUCCUCUACUCCAUCGGGUACAUCAGAGGACCCGCGACUACUAUACAAUGCCGCUUACCAAGAGAAGAAGAACGCUCAUCGGUCCAAUAACAAGCAUCGAGUUUCUGAAUCGACCCAGAGACAUGAGCUGGUGCCAUCGUACGAUGAUCUUUAUGGAUAA